CUCAACACCAGAUGUCACUGUUAAGUACACCAAAACUAUUUCACUAUUUCACGCACCAUUGAUUUUUAGAAAGAAAACAAAAUAGUUUGCAUCUAGCUAAUAUCCCAUUGAGUUCGGUUAUAUAAGUGAGUGUCUUUCUUUGUGCUGGGCACAUUGUAGGGAGGUUACUGUGGCGUAAGCUAUGUCUUACUUUGUAGCUCUUGUUCUGUUGGGCUGCCUGGCCGUGAGUUACGCAGCAGUAGUGCAAGGCGAAGGUCCUUGUCCAGACGGCCGCGUAUCAGGAGAGUCGUGGUAUGAGCCAAACUGUGGGAAGUGUGACUGCGGCAACACUGGUUAUACAUGUUAUAGCUGUGGUGUUGUUGCCGUAAAUUAUGACCGCGCCACAUGCUACCUUCAGACUAACGACAGUGCCAACUACCCAGACUGCUGCAAGCCUGUCUUGUACUGCAUAGGAUCCGCUGGCUUCGACCCAUCUAAGCUACAGCCUCCAGCUACAACGUUUAGCACCAACGCUCCUGUCACAAAACCAAAAAUUACACCUAAGCCCGCAAAGAAACCGACACCCAAACCUACACCCAAGCCAACAAGGAAACCUGCGCUAAGGGCUACACCUAAACCUGCCUCUAGGCCUACACCAAAGCCGGUACCCAAACCUGCACAAAAACCUCAAGUAAAUAGAAGGGGGUAAAAAUAGAAUCCAUUACGUCACCGAUCUAGUUCAUUACUCCGCCAAAGCUAUUAAGAAUGGAAAGAUGUUUAUGUUAAAAAAUAAAGACUUAUAAGGGAAAUAUUAUAGACAUCAAGUUUAUGUAAAUGUAAUAUUAAAAUAAUACAGAUGUCUUGUCAUA